AUGGAAGAACUGAAACUUGUUGUAUGUUGCGGUGAUUAUGAUUUAUCGAAAAAAUCCGCAGCAUUUUUAAAAAAGGCAGAAAAAGUCUUCGGAAUAAAACAUAUGGGUAAGGGGAUACCGAAGACUCAAAAAUUGAAGAAAGCGUGGGGUGGAGGACAUGGUAUCAUUCAGCAGUCGAUGAAGGAUUUCGAUGGUUUUAUUUAUUUUAGUGUCCUUUAUUAA